GUGUAAUACAUUAGUCAAAAUUAAAAAAAAAAUACAGUGAAUACAUGUUCAUAUUUGUAACAGAACAGGUUUUCAAAAAAAAAAAAAAAAAACAGAAGUGGAAGUACUGUUUGGACCGCUACAGAUAGUCUGACGCAAAACCUGUCUUCUCACUGCAGAGACAAGCUGCUUGAACAUGGCUGUGUUCCUUCCUUCAGCCAAUUCUGAAGUCGGUGUAGAUGAGCAUUUCCCCCAAACUGAGCCAAAGCCUGCAAACAAAACUCCAAGAAAGUUGAGACAUCUCAAUGUGGUUCUGGUGAGCUUUGGGCUGCUUUGUGUCCUCCAAGCGGUGCUUAACAUCUCUCUACGACUUGUUCUGAGUGAGUCGACAAGUCACGUCAUUUCAGAGGAACAAAGCUGCCCAGCGAGCUGGCUGCUGUUUCAAUCUAGCUGUUACUACAUUUCUUCAGAGAGAAAGACCUGGGACGAAAGCAGGCAGGCAUGUCUGCAGCAGGGUGCUGACCUGGUCAUCAUUGACAGCAAACAAGAGCAGGGUUUUCUCACUGGAUUUGCCUCUAACGCAUGGAUUGGUAUGACUGACAGGGAUGAAGAAGGAACUUGGAAGUGGCUGGAUGGAUCUACAGUGCCCACAGACAGUUUGCUGUGGGCAGCGGGGCAACCUGACAAUGCUUUUGGGGGAGAAGACUGCGGUGAAAUACGGUCAAUGUCAAAUUUUAUCGGCUUGAAUGACUUGAGCUGUCGUGACAAAAUUAACUGGAUCUGUGAGAAAGCUGCGUUGUAGAUAGGGUAUGACUACAGCUAACUAGCAUCAUGACAGUGUACCAAGGUCCUGUCAACUUCUUUAGUUAUGUCCAACAUGAUGGUUUUAAUGUGAUAUAGUGAAUUUUUACUUUACUCUCAUUAUGAUUUCAACUCCAGUUGUGUGUUUCUCGGCAGAAUCCUCAGAUAAAAACAGUUAUGUUUUGUGUUAAACCUGAUAGAGGAUUAGAGUCAGAAUAUACACAAUAAAUAACCUCAACAUGUCCAGGAUCUGUUCAAAAUGAGGGACUCAUGUUAUAAUUUGAGAUAAAUAUUUUUGAGAAAUUAAAGAUCCGAAUAACUGUAAAAAGUCAUUGUGUUUCCAAUAAAGGUGUUACAUUUGGAAUAAUUGGCCUGAAAAAUGAAAUUAUUUUGUACCUUAGUUAGCUUUAAAAGGCUUUACAAAAAUAAUGAAAUUACUUGUUAUAGUUUGAAGAAUUUGGUUUACUGAUUUUGUUAUUGUGUUUGGUAUUGUGCAUUGAAAUUUAGUUCAUUGAUUAAGUUCUAUUGUUCAUGCACACUUCUUUCGUAUUUGUUGUUAUGAGCAUAUAUAUUUAUAUAUGUGUACAUUCAUUAUUUAAGGGGGGUUUAUAAGCUUUGCUUUUGCCUGCACCCUUUUGGUCACACGGGUAAGCUGUUAAGUUAUUCUUUUUAUGAGUUUUUGUUAUUGUUGAUCUGUGUGCCGAAUAAAUAAAUUCAGUCAUUCAAAUUCAUUCAAUAAAUGUUAAAAUACUGCUCAAUCAUGAUUGAGAAAAUGCCCCAUGUGGUUCUCCACCUUAUCAUAGCCUUCCUACGUGGCCACUCAUUUGACGUAGAGGUAUUUCAGUCAUGCCCUAGUGUUCUCCGGAGAAACCACCCAACCUGCCGGGGCAGAGGUCAAAUUCUACACAAGUAAAAUGUAGCCACCUGUGAAGUAGGUGUGAGGGCAGACAAACUGACCAGAUUUUUUGUUUUUCCGUGUUUGCCGAUGUCUCUUUUUGUUUUAACUUGCUUGUUUAUGCCAAUAAAGAGUGUCAGUGGUCA